UGUUGGACGAUCGAUGGCCGUAAGACACCGCGUCUAGUCGCUGCACCGCACUCUCUUAUCUAGCUCCGACGAAGGCGGCCUUCUAUACCAGUGCGUAUAAAGGUUGCUUCUGUACGAGGCGAACGGUCCGCCACCGCAUCCAAGCACGCGCGCGUCCGAGUUUUCCUCCUCCGUCAGGGGACAUAACCUACCCAUAACCUACGUGCGCAUUCGCCACACGACGAUGAGGCUGCUCGGUGUCUUCCUCGUCGCCCUGACCUGCAUCAGCGGCGGUCUCGGAGACGGGCUCAAAUGUACACUUAAACCUGCCGAUAUACCAACAUCAUGGAUAGACAUGGUUGAUCCAUGUAUAAAAAUCAUGGAGUCUCAAGUCAAGACCGAAAUCGAAGCUGCCAUGACGUAUCUUGCAAUGGGUGCUCAUUUCGCGCGUGAUACCAUAAAUCGACCGGGCUUUAGCAAGUUCUUUAUCGAGAGCGCGAGCGAGGAGCGAGAACAUGCAAUGAAGAUCAUCGAGUAUCUGCUAAUGCGCGGACAACUUACGAACGACGUUAGCAAACUGCUCAAGUUUCCUUUGAAACCGAUACGCGAGGAAUGGAACAGUGGAGUUGAAGCGCUCGCCGACGCUUUGAACCUAGAAGCCCAGGUUACACGCAGCAUUCGUGAAAUAAUCACGACUUGCGAGAAUCCCAAAUCACAACCUUUCAACGAUUACCAUCUGGUGGACUACCUCACUUCCGAUUUCCUGGAUGAACAAUACAAGGGACAGCGUGAUCUCGCCGGCAAAGUCUCAACGCUGGGCAAGAUGAUGCAAACACACGGACCCCUGGGAGAGUUCUUAUUCGAUAAGAAACUGUUGAACGGUGAAGUUUAAGUGUUUCACAAGCGGGAUACGUUUGGCUCGAGAUACUCUUUCCUAUAAAUACGUGUUUAUAAGAUCAUAAAUGGCCAUAUUUAGAACAUACAUAUAAUUUAGGUCAUUGUAAGAUCACUGCACUAUGCACAUUCAUUUGUAUAUUGCUGUAGGAUACGAGAUGUAAUAAUAACGGUUUAGUUUUGAGCGAUUUCUAAAUGUGGCCUGGUAAUAUAGGACAAUGAGGAGCAAAAUGUUUACAAUGUUUGUUAAUCCAUAAUGAAUAUAUUAUCCGUAAUAGAUAAAUAAAUAAAUAAAUAUUAUUUUGACAUG